AUGCGGCGCACUGCCGUGGCGCUCUCUAGCGCGGCGGUCGCCGGUGAGGCGCCGCCGAACCCGGUCACCUACCUCACCGGUGAUGAAAAAAUGCUUGUCGAGACGGUACGCGCCUUUAGCCUUACACACGUGGUGCCGAGGUCUCGCCAGAUGGACGAAGAGGGGAAGAUGGACCCUGUUGUGCUUAAGGAGGCCUUCGCUGCUGGGCUCAUGGGGAUUGAGACCCCCGCCGACCUCGAGGGUGGCGGCAUGAGCUUCUUUUCCAGCAUUCUCGCUAUCGAGGAGCUGGCGCGUCACGACCCUGCCCUGUCGGUAACGGUGGACGUACAGAACACGCUGGUCAACAACAUCUUCUUCAACUUCGCGAACGACGCGCAGCGCCGGAAGUACCUGCCGAAGCUCGCCAAGGACACGGUAGGCUGCUUCUGCCUCACCGAGGCGGGCAGCGGCAGCGACGCCUUUGCGCUGAAUACGAAGGCGGAGAAGAAGGGCUCGAAGUGGGUCAUCAACGGCUCGAAGCUGUACAUCACGAACGGCGGGUGGGCAGGCAUCUUCCUUGUCAUGGCAACGGCGGACCCAUCGAAGGGUUACAAGGGAAUCACCUGCUUCGUAGUGGACUCUUCUGAGACCCCAGGAGUCUCUGUGGUGCGGACGGAGAACAAACUAGGUAUUCGGGCUAGCUCGACGGCCGAGCUCCGAUUUGAAAACGUGGAGGUGUCGGAGGAGAACGUCAUUGGAGAGGUCGGCAAGGGCUACAAGAUUGCUAUCAACAUCCUCAACGAGGGACGCAUCGGCAUCGGUGCGCAGAUGGUCGGUAUUGCUCAGGGCUCCCUAGACAUCGUCAUGCCCUACCUCUUUCAGCGCAAGCAGUUUGGGAAGUUCAUCGGCGAUUUCCAGGGUAUGCAGAUGCAAUACGCCGAGUGCGCCAUGGAGCUACACGCCGCUCGGCUCAUGGUCUACAAUGCGUCUCGCAAGAAACAGAACAACGAGGCGUUCAUCCAGGACGCGGCGAUGGCCAAGUACUUCGCCUCCGUGGUGGCCGAGAAAACGGCUAGCCGUGCAGUGGAGUGGGCUGGCGGCGUCGGCUUCAUGAAGGACUUCGGUCUGGAGCGUUUCUACCGCGAUGCCAAGAUCGGCGCCAUCUACGAAGGUACCUCCAUCAUUCAGCUGCAGACCAUCGCCAAGAUGAUCAAAGCACAGUACGACCACUCCUCUCUUUCAGGUCCCUCACAGUAA